AGGGGUGGCCCGGAAGUGCAACGGUUGUUACCGGCGGAGCUCAGGCUGUAGCAGCUCAAAGUUUACUCGCAUCACGACGGAGCUGAGAGUCUGUUUCUUUCUGACCUUUAUACGUAAUGGCGCAAAACCUGAAAGACAAAGAAGCUUAUCAAAGACUGAACUAUUUAUACCAGGCUGCACAUUGUGUUUUAUCUGAAAACUCAGAAAACGUUGAGCUGGCUCGUUUCUACUGCUUCACACAGAAGACCAUUGCAAGACGAUUAGUUCUCAGACAAGACCCAUCAGUGAAGAGAACAUUAUGCAAGAAGUGCUGCUCAUUGCUCAUCCCUGGUGUAACUGCUACAACAAGACAACGAAGAAAAAAGAGAAAGACUCGCUUCACAGUGGUGAGGUGUCUCAGCUGUGGGCAGAGCAAGGCGCUGCUGAAUAAUCCAGAUUAUUGUUUAUGGGCCGAUCGUCCCGAGGCACAGCUGGCGCAGCAGAAGCAACCAGAUCCAGGCCGCUCUGCUAAAAACCAGCCAAAACAGACCAAGGAAAAAGACCCAGAACCCUGUGGGUCACGAUCCUGUGAACCCGGCGCUACACAGAGCGCUGCCAGCACGUAGCAGCAGUCCCUGUUUUUUGACUU